AUGUUAACAGCGACUGAAUUCCGCAGCGGGAGAACUCAGGCUACUAUCGGGUACCUCAGACUGCAAGUGGAUAACCUCAGGCUGACACUCAACACCUCAGGACCCUUGGGAAGGCCUUUGGAGGUGCCAUCGUUCCUGGGAGAGCCCCUAGGGACGCCGAAGUGCCUGGGACGUCCCCUGGAGGCGCUGCUACCUUUAAGAGAGGCCCCUGGGGGCGCUGUCGCCCCUGGAAUGGCCCCUGGGUUUGCCAAAUUCCCUGGCAGUGCCCUAGAGGUCACCGCUACCCAUAAGGGCGUCACCACUCCUGGGAGAGCCCCAAGGGGCGCCAACCUCCUUCCAGGACCCCUGGAGUCCCUGCCACCACUAAGGUGGAUCCCUGGGGGCGCCGCUAUCUCUGAGAGGGCCCCGGGGGCCCCACCGCCAUUUAAAGGGUCCCUGGAACCAACACCGCUCCUGACAGGGCCCCUGGAGGCUCCGCUGGGAGAACCCUUAGCAGCGAAGCCGCCCCGGGAAGGGCCCUUACGGGCGCCACCACCCUUGGAAGGGCCCCGGGAGGCUCCUCCCUUGGAUUACCCCGGAACCCUCUCAGGGGCGGCGAAGCCCCCAAGGGCCCUCCCAGAGGCAGCUGCGUCUCCAGGAACCAUCCCACGAACAGCGGCUUCCACCAGGGAAAGCGGCGCCCCCAGGGACUCUCCCAUAGGCAUCAGAGUCCCUAAAACCCUCUCAAGGACGACGGCAUUGCCAGGAACCUUCCCAGGGCGGCGCCCCACCUUGGGACCCUACCAAGGGUCCCUGGGGGCCCUAUGGCAUCGGCGCCCCAAGGGACCCUCCCAGGAACGGCGGAGCAUCCAGGGACCCUUCCAGGGUAGGCGGAGCCCCAGGAACCAUCCCAGGGGCAGCCGCGCACCCAGGGAUCCUUCGAGGUGUGAGGCUCCCAGGAACCCUCCCAGGGACAGCGACUGCCCCCAAAGACCCUUCCAGGGACAGUGCGCCGGCAGGGAGUCUCCCAGAGGUGGUAGUGCCUUAAGGGACCCUCCUAGGGGUGGCGGCGUCCCCUGGGACCCUUCCAGGAGCAGCGGCGCCCCAAGAAACCUUCCCAGGAACGGCGGAGGAUAUAGGUACCCUCCCAGUAACAGUGGAGCCCCCAGGGAUCAUCCCAGGGGCAGCGUACCUCCAGGGACACUCCCUGCUGUGGAGCCUCCUAAGGACCUUCCCAGGGACAGUGCAGGCCCAGUGUCCAUUGCAGGGGCAGCUUUACCUCCAGGGACCCUCCCAGGGACAGCGGUUGCCUUCAGGGACACUCCCAUUGGCGACGGAGUCCCCGUGGACCCUCCCAGGGACAGCGGCGCCCACAGGGAAUCUCCCAAGAGAGUCGGCGUCCCCUAA